UGCUGAAACCUCCUCGUUAUUCUUUCGCAUUUUAAAUUGUUAUUUUUUGCCUUCCAUUUCAAAAUUGAUUAUGAUAAUGUCACACAUUAUGUUAACAGGUUAUUUCGUUUGUCCGCUGGUAGAGAAGUGAAAUUUACUUUUGGCCAAAGCAGUUGAAUAAAUGUUUGCCAGCAAUGAAACUAAAGCAUCUGAAAUCUGAAUUGCAAAAGUUUGAAGUGUUUGAAAGACCAAAUAUUGCUCUUGAACAAUAUGCAACUACUGCUGAUAUUGCUGCUGACUUUUUGAAUGUUGUGAAAGAUUGUGGUGAUCUUGAUGACAAGUUAGUUGCUGAUUUAGGAUGUGGAUGUGGUGUGCUAUCCAUUGGUGCGGCUCUUUUUAGUGCUGGCUUUGUUGUUGGAUUUGACAUUGACAAAAGUGCUUUAGAAAUAGCUCUGAGGAAUAAAUGUGAAUGUGAUUGUGAGAACAUUGAUUUCAUUCAAUGUGAUGUGUUAAGUAUGGAAAACACAAAAUGGCACAAGUCCUUUGAUACUGUAAUUAUGAAUCCACCAUUUGGUACAAAAGGUAACAAAGGUACUGACAUGCUAUUUCUUAGGACUGCUUUAUCUUUAGCAAAGCACUGUGUUUACAGUCUACAUAAAUCUGUCACUGUUCCGCAUAUUGAAAAGGUUUGUAAGGAUUGGAAUAUAAAGAUGAAGUGUUUGUAUAAAACCAUCUUCGAGCUUCCACAAUCUUAUGACAGGCAUAAGAAGAAUUCAUUAGAUAUUGAAGUUCAUUUAAUUAGGUUCACUUUUCCAAAAAUGAAUAAAAGAUGAUGAAUGCA